AUGCCUAGACGACGCCUGACACUCCGAUACUCCUCCGACGAAGAAGAAGAUGAAAUUGGAACAAGCGGAAUCGGUGAUUCUGUUCAGAGCGUUGGUCUUGCUCCUUCUAUGCAACCGGAAACCUCAUCAGCGUCGAAUUUUAACCCUAAUCUAGGCGAGCCAAUCGCUGUAUCCGAAGUUGAGAUAAUUGACGUCUCUGGUAAUCCCACUCCUACACCUCCGGGUUAUAGUGUUCCCACACCGUAUCCGGUUGAUUCGUCGGAGUCGGAGGUCGGAAAUGACUAUAACUCGCCGAUCGGUGCUGUUCUAUCUCGGAAAGGGAUAAACUUGAAGACGGAGUGGUGGGUCUCUUGUCUUGCUGGGCUUGAAAAUUCCGUCCCACAGUUUUCACGCCUCGACGUAGCAGCGAAAGCUAAACAUUGCUUCGAGCAGCUCCUGUUUUCCGAUAUGAAUUUGUGCGGAGGCGGGGUUCUUCCUCUGAAUGUUGCGUCUAUGCAUCUUGUAGAACUCGCUGGUCCGUUUGUUUUGCAGGUUGAUGAGAUUGUGAACAUUGGCUGCGCACUCAAAGGGCGGUAUGAGAACGCUAAUCCAGGGCUUAAGAGGGGUCUUAAGAUGUCCAUGACAGAUGGUGUUCAACGCGUUUUUGGCAUGGAGUACAGACCUAUCAAAGAUCUUCAAGUCUUGGCUCCUGCUGGUUUAAAGAUUGUUGUGUCUAGUGUACAAGUUCGGCAUGGGCAUUUAAUGCUAGUUCCUGAGAUUGUAGAAGUUUUGGGAGGGAUGGUUGAAGAAUUGGAAGAAGCACGAAAGCGUCUGGUUAUUGAAGUUAACAAGCCUCCAAGAGGAAAAAGGACAAGGAACGGAGAGGUUCCUUCAUUGGCAACCAGAGCAACUCUAGCUGCAUGGUCGAGGAAUGACAAUGAUACUGGUAAUCAUGUAGAUAGUUCUAUCUCGGGAAAUGCUAGUCACGCGCAAGCCAGUGGUCAAGGCAUUCCCCUGAAUGUAACGAGAACUCAUAUCAGUCAGCGGACAAGAGAUGAGCCUCCUGCUUCCAUCAAUGUGGAACCUACUGUUUCAAGGGUUGAGCAUAUGCAGAUUGAUACGGCUUCCGCGCCCAGGGAAAGAGCAUUUUCGGAUUUAAACUCUACUUCUAGUAACAUUCACAUGGCAGCAUCCACAGGUGGUACCAGCGGCAGUGGUACAAGACCUUUUUACAACAAUGGCGGCGAAAAUACCUUGGCUCAACAAACAUCUAGCAUGGCUUCAUUUGUUGAAGAAAUGCAUAUCGACAAUGGUCGUGUAGAGGAUACAACGUGUCCUGUAUACGGUUCAGGUUCAGGCGGUGUAGGAGAUGCAGAAGUGAGCGAUAUGGCUGUGGAUAUGGAAAUCCCAACCGUGCUGUCUAAAAAUACGGAGAGGCCUUUCACUUACUUAGCCGAGUUGUCUCAAAAGUGGGCAGUAGUGAAAGAUACCAUGCAUUUUGUUCGAGGGAAGAUCAAGUGUUUUCUAACAGGAGUGAAGAAAUUCGAUUUCAGGAAACAGUCUACGUAUGAGCUUAUAUGCUAUGUCGAUGAUGGUAGUCUCAUUUGUGAGAUCUUGCUCCAUAACGACGUUGUACAGAAAAGGAUAGGUCAUUCAUCCAUGGAAGUCUCAGCUGCACUUUCCUCUUCAGCACCAACAACACAAAACGCCAUGAUGAAAGAGAAACUGAAACGCUUCCAGUUGUUUCUAGCUGAUUUUGAGGGAAUAAUGGUGGUAGAAAUAAACAGAUCGUCGCAAUAUCCAGUAGCUGUUGAAAUGAAUCAGGGAUGUACAUUAAGCGAUGCUCGGUUACUCUAUGAAAGAAUCAAAUCUUGUGCAACAACAUCCUCACACUUAGAUCCAGUUGUUUUAUCCCCUUAG